AUGGCAGAGCUGCAGAUGUUACUAGAGGAGGAAAUCCCGUCCGGCAAGAGGGCGCUGAUUGAGAGUUACCAGAACCUGACCCGAGUAGCGGACUACUGUGAAAACAACUACAUACAGGCUACAGACAAGAGAAAAGCUUUAGAAGAGACCAAAGCCUAUACAACUCAAUCCCUAGCUAGUGUCGCUUAUCAAAUAAAUGCAUUGGCUAACAAUGUGCUCCAACUGCUGGACAUCCAAGCCUCUCAGCUCCGGAGAAUGGAGUCUUCCAUCAAUCAUAUCUCACAGACUGUGGACAUUCAUAAAGAGAAAGUGGCUCGAAGAGAGAUUGGUAUUUUGACAACAAAUAAGAAUACAUCAAGAACUCACAAAAUAAUAGCACCUGCGAACAUGGAGCGGCCUGUCAGGUAUAUUCGGAAGCCUAUUGACUAUACGGUUCUGGAUGAUGUGGGCCACGGCGUCAAGUGGCUAAAAGCCAAGCAUGGAAAUAACCAGCCUGCAAGAACUGGCACACUGUCGAGAACAAAUCCUCCUACUCAGAAACCACCGAGUCCUCCCAUGUCAGGCCGGGGAACGCUGGGACGAAAUACUCCUUACAAAACCCUUGAGCCUGUUAAACCUCCAACAGUUCCUAAUGACUACAUGACAAGUCCUGCGAGGCUGGGAAGUCAGCAUAGUCCAGGCAGGACGGCUUCUUUAAAUCAGAGACCGAGGACACACAGUGGAAGCAGCGGAGGAAGCGGCAGCCGAGAGAACAGUGGUAGCAGCAGUAUUGGCAUUCCCAUCGCCGUGCCUACACCCUCACCACCCACCAUUGGACCAGAAAACAUUUCUGUCCUUCCUCCUUCUGGAGCUCCACCAGCACCACCUUUUCUACCACCCCUCCCCGCGAACCCUGUGGUAGCAGCCCCGGGCUCAGCUCCUGGUUCCCAGUAUGGCACAAUGACCAGGCAGAUUUCUCGGCACAACUCUACCACCUCCUCGACAUCUUCUGGUGGAUACAGACGGACCCCCUCUGUGACGGCUCAGUUUUCUGCUCAGCCUCAUGUUAAUGGAGGGCCACUUUAUUCUCAGAAUUCAAUUUCUAUUGCUCCACCCCCUCCCCCUAUGCCUCAAUUGACUCCACAGAUACCUCUCACAGGCUUCGUGGCCAGGGUGCAGGAAAACAUUGCUGAUAGUCCAACUCCACCUCCACCACCUCCACCAGACGACAUCCCCUUGUUUGACGACUCACCACCUCCGCCACCUCCACCACCAGUGGAUUAUGAAGAUGAGGAGGCCGCGGUAGUUCAGUAUAAUGACCCAUACGCAGAUGGGGAUCCUGCUUGGGCCCCCAAGAAUUAUAUUGAGAAAGUUGUGGCAAUAUACGAUUAUACAAAAGACAAGGAUGAUGAGCUGUCAUUUAUGGAGGGUGCAAUCAUCUAUGUAAUCAAGAAAAACGACGAUGGCUGGUAUGAAGGAGUCUGCAAUCGAGUGACUGGUCUGUUCCCAGGAAACUAUGUGGAGUCAAUCAUGCACUAUACUGAUUAA